AUGGAAAAACCGGGAAAAGUCGAAAUUUUGUUCGAUAAAUUCGGUUGCCAGGGAGCAUUCGUAGCCAUACAAGCUACCCUGGCUCUCUAUACUGGAGGUCGGACAACAGGCAUUGCCCUAGAUUCUGGAGACGGAGUCAGCCACACCGUCGCCGUGGAUGAAGGUUAUGUCAUUCACCAUGCCAUUUCUCGACUGGAAAAUGCCGGACGGGCACUUACCGAUUACCUUCUGGCAUUGCUUACAGAGAGAGGAUAUUACUUUACAUCAACAGUUGAAAUUGAAAUUGUUCGAGAUAUAAAAGAGAAGCCGUGUUUCAUCAGCAAAGAUUUUGUGGCGGAUAUGAGAGCAUGCGCCAAGAGCCCUACUUCAUACGACAGGAUGUACAAGUUGCCGGAUGGACAAGUGCUCACAGUACGAUCUGAGAGGUUCCGAUGCCCUGAGGUGCUUUUAAGACCAUCAUUCCUUAAUCUCGAUGGGCCGGGAUUUCAGGUGACACUAUACGAUUCAAUCAUGAAGUGCGACGUGGAUAUUCGUCGAGACAUUCUGGAGAAUGUUCUCCUCUCAGGUGGGAACACCCUAUUUCCUGGAAUAGCUGGCCGACUCCAGAAUGAACUGCAGGACAUGUGUUCCAGUCGAGUUCGGGUCUGGGCUCCAGCGGAGAGGAGGUAUGCUGUUUGGUUGGGAAGUUCCAUCUUGGGUUCAUUGUCCACUUUCAAGGAGAUCUGCAUCACCAAGUCAGAGUACGAGGAUUACGGACCAAAGAUUGUGCACAGAAAAUGUUUUUAA